UCUAUAGGAUUCUGGAUCCACUUUCCAUGGUUCUAUUAUCUCAUGGUUCAGCCAGCCAGAGCCCAAAGGGCAUCCAAGAAUAGAAUUAGAAUUUUCAUCCAUUGGACCAUUAAUAUGAGCUCCAAUCCAAAAGUAACCCAUAGUCAUUGGCCAUUCCCCAAAACCCAAAACCCAAUUCCGUAAUCUCCCAUCCCAAUUGCUGCCCACCUACAACAUUCAAUGCCCAGAUCCGGGCCAAACAAGCGACGCGGCACCCGCGCCCCUCGGCCGCUCCCGGCCAUGUUUUCAGAGCUGUCCGCCACCAGAAACCACCCGCAUGUCAAACUCCAACCCACCCCUUCCCCCCUCUCACGCUCUUUGACCCCACUACACGACAAAUACAUAUCACACUCCCAGCCCCCACCACCCUUCAUGCAUGCAUAAAAGAGGCCAGCCCCUGCCCCCACAAAACAAAACCCUACUUCACAUCAAGCAGCUCCUCCCCUUAGCUCUCUAUAGCCUCCUCCAACCAUGGAGGAAUGCAAGGGAUCGGCAUCGGCCUCGCCGCCGUCGUCGUCCGCCUCUCGGUGGAGUCCGACCAAGGAGCAGAUUGCGAUACUGGAGGGUUUCUACCGGCAGGGGAUGCGGACGCCGAGCGCCGAGCAGAUACAGCAGAUAACUAGCCUGCUGAGGGAGUACGGGAGUAUCGAGGGGAAGAAUGUGUUCUACUGGUUUCAAAACCACAAGGCUCGCCAGCGGCAGAAGCAGAAGCAGGAGAGCUUUGCCUCCUAUAGCCCACUCCUCCACCUGCAGGCACCCCCGGCACCCGUCCUCUCACCACCUCCUCCACCAACUUGCACCAAUGUUGUCCGCGGCCCAUAUUACUUUCCGGUACCACAGGUUGGUGGAGUUGGCUGGCACCAACCACAGUUCCCUAGCAUUUUCUUACCCGGAGCUGGGAACAUGAAACCAAGACCAGAGUUUCAAGUGAACCAAGAGAGAAUCCCACAGGCAUGCAGCAACUCACAUCAUCGAGCUUACCAUUAUGAUCAUCUUGCCACUGGAACGGACCACAGCGAUGUUGGUCAUGCCGACAUGAACGGCCCCCAUGAGACGCUGCAGCUGUUCCCAUUGCACCCCACGGGAACAUUGGAGGAGAGAUCCGGAAGCACUCUAACCUCUGCCUCAGCAGAGGCCGAGAGCGUGGACGAUGGAGAAGAAGAGGUCGGUGGUGAUGAGAGCCAACCACCCUUCGAUUUCUUCAGUGCUCCUAAGAAGCCAUACUAAGAAAACCAGUACUGUUCUGGGUGUUUCAAAAAAAAAAAAGGACUGGACGUUUGCUGCUUGGAUCUCAUCUCCUUUGCCUUUUAUGUUUUGCUACCGUUUUGUGUCUUUUAGGCCAUGGUGAAUAAAUGAAUGUAUAGAGAGAUUGGAGGGAACAAGGAAUGGUUGGUUUUGUUGGCUUUGUUCCUCUAGUUUGAGGAAAUGUCGUCAAAUGUUCAGGACUGGUGAUGUUGCCCGGCUUUGUUUAUCUUCUUUUAUUUUCUAUGUCUGUGAACGCCGGAAGGGGCCGGACAGUGUGGGUCAUGCGCCUGAGGUCGCAUUUUUGGACUGAAACGUGAAAUCGCUUGAA